AUGGCGGGAAACAAGCUGGUUGCUGCGUUAUUUUCCGGUGAAGAUUGGACAGAGUUUUAUUGGAUUUUCUUCAUGGAUACGGAUUGGAAUGGGCCUGAUUUAGUGAAACAAGGGAUAGCUGCAAAAAAGGGAAUCAAAUCUUCUGAUAUUUGGUCUUUACCGGAAACAGGAAAAAGAAGUUAUUUGCGGCAACAGGGAAUGAAUCUCAGACCUGUUUUGAGUAAAUUUGGAAGUUAUGCGCGGAAACAGGGAACGAACCUCACCAGGAUUUUAUUGUCUAAGAAUAAAAGGAGGGUUUGGAUAAUUCAGGAAGGAGGUGAAGUGAUAAUGCAGGAUAGAAUCUCUGAAGCUUUGGUGCUUGAUCAACAAAGGAUGGCUGACAAAUCAAACAAGCGGAAAAGGGUCGAAGAUGAGGAUCCAUUAGAUGUUUACAUGACUUCUAUGGUGCUGCCAGAGAUUGAAAAAUUGAAGAACACAGCAUCUCAUUCCUCCUUUUCUUCCAAAAUCGACGACAAAUAUGACGAAGAAGAAGAUGAUGUUGAUUAUGAUGACGAUCGUGUAGAGAACAACAAGAAAAAAGUGGAUAAACUACCUGCGCUUGUUAUUGAUCACUCAAAGGUGGAAUACCCUUCCUUUCGAAAGAAUUUUUACAUCCAAGUCAAAGAGAUAUCAAGUAUGCCUCCUCAGGAAGUCGGUAAUUUAAGAAAAGAACUUGAAUUAAAAUUACAUGGAAAGGAUGUGCCGAAUCCCAUUAAGACAUGGGUACAAGCUGGAUUGUCGACCAAAGUAUUGCAGGUGAUAAAGGAGAAACUCGGUUACGAAAAGCCAAUGUCAAUUCAAGCUCAAGCAUUGCCUGUUAUUAUGAGUGGUCGUGACUGCAUUGGUAUAGCUAAAACAGGCUCGAGUAAAACGCUAGCUUUUGCUCUACCAAUGUUGAGGCAUAUUCAAGCUCAAUCAGCUAUUGUUCCAGGGAGAGAUGGGCCAAUUGCGCUUAUUAUUGCUCCUACUAGAGAACUAGUGCAGCAGAUUCACAAGGAUAUCAUGAAGUUUGCUAAAGUAAUGGGUAUCCGGUCUGUUCCGGUUUAUGGAGGCUCACAAACCAACAAACAGAUCAAUGCCGUAAAGAAUGGAACCGAGAUUGUUAUUUGUACUCCGGGUAGGAUGAUCGACUUUCUAUGUAAAAAUAAUGGGAGAAUGAUUAACCUUAGCAAGGUUACUUAUCUUGUUUUGGAUGAGGCUGACAGAAUGUUUGACAUGGGUUUUGAACCUCAAAUAACUCACAUUGUUCAAAGUACACGACCUGAUCGCCGGACUGUGCUCUUCUCUGCCACAUUUCCCCGCAGAGUUGAGCAACUGGCACGCCAGAUACUGACAAAGCCUGUGGAGAUACAGGUAGGAGGAAGGAAUGUAGUGAACAAGGAUAUAAGCCAGUUGGUUGAGGUGAGACCAGAGAGUGAAAGGUUCCUGAGGUUAUUGGAGCUACUUGGAGAAUGGUACGAGAAGGGUAAGAUUUUGAUUUUUGUUCAGUCGCAAGCUACAUGUGAUACUUUGUUGAAGAAUCUAUUUAGCCAUGGAUAUGCUUGCCUCUCACUUCAUGGAGCCAAGGACCAGAUGGAUCGUGAGUCGGCAAUUUCAGAUUUCAGGAAUGAUGUCUGUAAGUUAUUGAUUGCCACAAGCGUUGCUGCUAGGGGAUUAGAUGUGAAGGAGCUUGAACUGGUUAUCAACUUUCAUGUCCCAAACCACUAUGAAGACUACAUCCAUCGUGUUGGUAGGACAGGUCGAGCUGGGAGGAAAGGUUGUGCCAUUACAUUCAUUGCAGAGGAUGAGGCUAGAUAUGCGCCGGAUCUUGUGAAGGCCUUGGAACUGUCUGCACAAGCUGUUCCGGAAGAUCUUAGAGCUCUCGCUGAUGGAUUCAUGGCUAAAGUUAAUCAGGGACUUGAACAGGCACAUGGGACUGGUUAUGGUGGAAUUGGGUUUAAAUUCAAUGGAGAGGAGGAUGAAGCCAAAAAGGCUGAAAAGAAAGCACAGGCAAGAGGAUACGGGCUUGGGGAAGAAGAUUGUUCUGAUUCGGAUAUCGAAUCUGGUGAUGAAUCCACCCAGGAGGCUAGCAUAGUGCCAGAACUGUUGCCCGAUGUUUCUUGUGAUCAUAAACCUGGCGUACCGUUAGUGGUGCACCCUCCUGCUUUCCUACCAAAUGGGGCAGCUCAAUUAGCAGCACUGAAAGCUGCUGCUAGACAAAACCUAGAAAAGAUUCUGCGCAAUGUCAUGCCCAAACACUACACAGCAGAGUUUGAAAUUAAUGAUUACCCACAGAUUGUUCGCUGGAAGGUGACUCAUAGGGAAACUUUGGGUCCGAUAUCCGAAUGGACGGGAGCUUCCAUAACUACCAAGGGGCAAUAUUAUCCCCCAAGAAUGAGUCCUAAACCUGGAGAUGAGCGCAAGCUUUACCUGUCAAUCGAGGGACUAACAGAGUCAUCUGUACAGAAAGCCAUGGCUGAACUGGAACGAGUUGCAGAGGAUUUCAGAAAAAAAGAACAUUUGCUUCCUGGUGCAUCUCUUCAAGGGAAGUACUCUAUUGUGCCAUAA